AUGUUCGUGCCAGUUGCUCUUCUUCUUUGGUUCUCACCAUUCGGCUCAAGGCAUUUGCGACCGAGCCGAUCGUGCUUCAAGGGUCGACACAGUUUACUGCACAUCUACACAUUGCUUUCUCGCUCGGCCUCGACGAUGGUCGCCCUCCUCACGCUGUUCGCCCUGCCAUGUGUGGCGUCUUCCCUGUCGCUCCAGAGAGCCGACGCUGAGGAGGGAGACAUGCUCUUCGCCCUGUCGUCCGACGCCGAGGCUCGGCAGGCCGGGCAGCGGGCCGAGGACGAGUACACCUCCGUGAUCGCCCUCUUCUCCGAGGCAGAGGCCCUCCUGCGGGAGGAGGUGGCAAGCGACCGUGAGGCGGCCGAUGAGGAGAUCGCGCUAUUGCAGGAGGUGGACGCCGACGAGAAGGUGGCCGAAGAGGAGAUGGAGGCGGACAGCGAUCCCGAGGCGUCGGCGGCCGAGGCCGCCCCGGCGGGCGAGGCGCCGAGCAACGCAACCGCCGCGGAGGCGCCCGCCUCGGAGGCGGCGGCCGCGGAGAGCUCCGAGGGCACCGCCGCCGGCGCCUCGGGGAACGCCACGGAGGUGCAAUCCGACGAGAAUCAGAGCAGGGCCAACCUGUCUACGUAUUUCGACCCGAAGUUGAUGGCCAUCUUCAGGGAGAAGCAGGCGCACCUGAAGGAGACGAUGAAGCGGACUUCAUGGUGUCGAAGAAGGAGCUCGACGUGGCCAAGCUGGCCGCGAAUCUGGCGAUGA